CUAUCAUAAAAAAGAAGCAAUUGCCAAAUGAAAGUGUAAAUUUCACCAAAUAUUUAUGUUAAGUAUUUGAAUUUAGCGCUCCUUUACACUCAUUUGACUCCAACAUUACCACUACUUGUGUAUUACGCUUGCGCGAGAGCGGAACGCCGAGACUCGCUCUCUCUUCCGUAGACGCUUCCUUUGUGAACAUCGUGUCUUAAUAAAGUCUAAUUAAAAACUAUUAAUAUUGCUUUUUGGUCAACCCAGCCUAAACCAAAUAAAACAUCAAAAGGUUAUGGGCCCAGCGCGCAUUCACUGCGAGUGAUCGGUUGCGGUUUUUAGUGAAAAAUUAAGGAUAUAAAAGACUGACUUUUUCAACGAAAGUGUGCGACGUUAUACGUGCAAGAGUGACGCUCAGUGUUUUCUUCCGAGAGUGAUUAUUUGAAGAAGCAGAAUUUAAAAACAAAAACAAUCUCUAUUGUAUUAAUCGAAAUGGAUAAAAUCGAGGAUGUCGUACAGAAAUGCAGAAAAGCGCUGGAAUUGGAACCUGCUGGAAACGAGGAUGUAUUUAUCGGAAUGACCAAAGAUUAUCUCGAAGUAAGAUUUGAGCCCGGGGGAAAGGUAUCAAUAAGCAAAAAACAACUGGAAGACGACUGGGAAGUUCUUAAGACUUUAAUUGAACAAGCUUUCAUGAAACCGAAUCCAGACAGCGGCGACGUCAACAGUGCUAGCGAAAACUUACUCCACGAAAAAGACCUAGAAGGAUGCCAUAAUACUGAAGAUCAAAAAACGAAUAAUUCAACAGAUAAUGACGAAGAAAUGUACGACAAAUCAGAACCUGAUCUUACUAGAAACGACCUCAAGGCUUUGAGCAGUGAAAUUAACAGCGUUUCUGAAGGUGUGACACCGAAAACAGCAGGAGGUUCCGGAAUUAACGAAGAUCAAGUCAGGAACGAUACGAAAAAUCCGAUUGAAACUGAAAGUAAACAACAUGACAAUGGCUGUGCAAAAAUAAGUGGGAACAAACGACAAUUAAAUGACAACGACAGUACGAAUUCUGGUCUUCUAGAAAUAGAAGAUAGAUUAAACAAAAAAUUUCAAAAGGUCGAAGAUAUGAUGGAUAAAACUUUAUCCUUACAUUUAAAAAUGCAAGAAAAUUUUAAGUUUUGGUUGAAGCAACGAGAACUGCAAGACGAAAAGGCAGAAGCAAAUCGAACUUAAGCUGCUACAAACGAUCAUCCGACUUCAAAAGGGAACACUGUAGCUUCAGUCUCAUUCGCCAACACCAAUAGACAAAAUAAGUGGAUAAACGACAGAUGCUACGAAUGUGAUGACAACGGCCACCUUAAAAACGAGUGUCCCCGAAAGGGACAAGGAGUGAAAAAGUGCUAUGAAUGCAACCAAUUCACAACACACAAAGGAUUCGAAUGUCCACAACGAUUGGCGAGACUAACAAAAGGACAAAAUAAAGUUUUCAGAAACCAAUCGAACCGAGACAAAUAACCAAAAGGAGAUGCAAAACGAGGACAAAUCAAACAAAUUAAAAAGAAAAUAGAAGUUUAUUUUAAAAUUCAAAAUUAGAUUUAUGUCCUAGGUUAAAUUAAUUUGUCAGUAUUAUUAUUAUUAUUAUUAUUUUAUAAGGAGUCAACCUCGGGAGGGAGUGUUAAGUAUUUGAAUUUAGCGCUCCUUUACACUCAUUUGACUCCAACAUUACCACUACUUGUGUAUUACGCUUGCGCGAGAGCGGAACGCCGAGACUCGCUCUCUCUUCCGUAGACGCUUCCUUUGUGAACAUCGUGUCUUAAUAAAGUCUAAUUAAAAACUAUUAAUAUUGCUUUUUGGUCAACCCAGCCUAAACCAAA